AUGAAUACAAAUCAACUAGUUAACAACACCGACCAAAUAUCUAACAACCUAGGCAAUUAUUUCUACAAUUACAACUAUAAACCUCAUUUUCUAGCACACAAAAAUAAAUGCGAGAAAGAAGAUAUAAUUAACACUGCCAAUCAAAACCACGCAGACAAAACUCACAUCAACAAAGCAAUGAACCUACACGAAAUAACGCUCAUGCUCAAAAAAUUUAAAAGCUACAGUCCAGGACCUGAUUCUAUUCCUUACUCGUUUAUCCAAAACUUCAGCAUUAAAACUCUCGAAUUUCUCCUCGAUAUAUAUAAUCGAAUAUGGAAUGAGGGAUACUGGCCAAAAAAUGGAAAUCAGGACCAUAAUACCCAUUCUCAAACAAAAAAAAACCAAUUUAAAACUGAUGGAUACAGACCAAUAACUCUUCUCAACACUAUGUGCAAGCUAUUUGAAAAAAUAAUAAAUUACUGA